UUGAUGCAGCAAUCGAAGAAAUAUGUGAGAAAGCUGAGGCUGCAGAGAGAGAUCAGCAAAUGAUAUCAGUGGAAAAAAAAGCCAGUGCAGAGAAAGAGAAAAAGCAAGUGGAGGAUAUUAGAGCCAAGGCUUUGGAGAAAGUUGGAGAAACAAGAAAAAGAGUGGUUGGUGAUGAGGUUAGUGAAGAGCCCGAGAAAAAGGAGAAAAGAACAAGGAGAUCUGGAGCAGAGACCAUGGUAUAUCUGAGGGAGAAGUCAGAAAAAGAAUUCAAAAUCAGGCAAGAAGAGCUAGAACUUAAAAAGGAGCAGUGUUCCCAAGCAAAGCGGCAAGAGGAAAUGACACAGCAACUGAUCCAUCAACAGGAGCAGCAGCGAACAAUGUUUGCUAACCUCCAGCAGCAGCAACAUCAACAGCUUCAACAGCUAAGCCAGAUGCAAAUUGCUAUAAUGCAGGAACAACAACAACAGAACCAGGCACUAGAGGCUGUGCUGCAAGAGCUUGCCAAGAAGCAGUAGACAGAAUAAAAACGUGUUAAGUUUAGUUUAAGUUGAUAUACUAUGUAUUUGUUGUAGUUCAAUUUCAUCCUUGUUUCAAUUUGUCUUUUUCUUUGUUUUACACUCAUUUUCAUGUUACGAUACACAAUAUUGAUUCAA